UCCAAAGGGAAAACAGGGUAUUAUGGGGCCGCCGGGUCCGAAGGGAAAUCAGGGAAUUAUGGGGCCGUCGGGUCUGAAGGGAAGUCAGGGAUUUAUUGGGUCACCAGGUCCAAAGGGAAAACAGGGUAUUAUGGGGCCGCCGGGUCCGAAGGGAAAUCAGGGACUUACGGGACCGCCGGGUCAGAAGGGAAAUCAGGGAUUUAUUGGGUCACCAGGUCCAAAGGGGGAAGUUGGAAUUGAAGGAGUCCCAGGUCCUAGUGGGAGCCCCGGUGCAAAGGGGGAACGCGGAGAUUCCUUUUCACCUCCCACGAUAGUGAUCUUGCCGACGAAGCAAACAAUCGCGGAAUGGAAUAGUGCAAGGUUCCAAUGUUCUGUCGGCGGAAAUCCCAAGCCAAGUGUCACAUGGCUAGGAAAGAGCAGCACUCCUUUAAGAAGUCAGGAUGGCAGAUUAGAUCUGCCUCACGUGACCUUUGAUGACGCAGGAGAAUACACUUGUAUUGGAAGAAACUUGCUGGGCAUUACAAGCCAGACUGCCACUUUGACCGUCGUAGAACGUAAGUUUCACUGUUUAAUUUAUGGAUGGAAGGCGCACUGUUCGUCUAAGCUUGUUUGUCCAGUGUCGUUAGUAUCUUUAUUGAUCUGUACCGCUGCCUUGGUGCGUGUUGAGAUUAUAAACCAGCGAGUUCACGAUGUUGAAGAUCUUGUGGCGGACGCACGGCAGAAUCAGAACCUGAACAAGGUGUUCACCGACGCAGCAAGUUUCAAACGUUCUGAAAGAGUCGAGUCUGACGGAGAAUUUGAUCACAAGAUUACUAAAGAGAGGAGAGAUGAGACAGAAGGUCAUGCCGGAAGAACUCGCCGGUUUUCAUCUGAAGCUGGCACAAAACCAGACGAGCUUACUAUGGAGUCAGUUAAAAGUGAGAUAAACAAGACUUUAAACUCUCUAACGUCGCGAUCUUUCUGUUCACCGAAGGAACAAAUCUGCGUGUAUGGGCCGCCGGGAUUACAGGGUCCUAAGGGAUCACGUGGUAGGAGAGGACCACGUGGAACCACGGGGAGGAAAGGGCCACGUGGUGACAGAGGAGAGCCAGGCCCACAUGGAAAGCAAGGAGUUAUGGGGCCACCAGGUAAAAAUGGAGAACAGGGAAUCGUUGGAGCCUUGGGUCCAAGGGGGGCCACCGGUGCAAAGGGAGAGCCCGGAGAAUCCAUUUCACCUCCCGUCGUAGUGAUCUCCCCGAUGAAUCAAAGGGUCAAGGAAAACCAAAGUGCUGUGUUCCAGUGUUCUGUCAGCGGAAAUCCCAAGCCAACUGUCACGUGGUUAGGAAGGAACAGCGUUCCCUCGAGACAUCACCAUGGCAGAUUAGAAGUGCUUGACGCGACGCUUGAUGACGCAGGAGAAUACACUUGUGUUGGAAGAAACUUGCUGGGCUCUGCAAACCAGACCGCGAUGUUGAUCGUACAAGCGCCUCCUCGUAUUCAACUCGACCCAGGCCCGACUCACGCCAAGAUAGGUCAAAACAUCACGUUGCCUAAAUGUCACGUGACAGGAUUUCCAGCACCAGUGGUCACCUGGCGGAAGAUACCAGGCUUUCUUGCUAAAGACAGAACUGUACAGGAUAGGGGCUUAUUGAGAGUGGGCCCUGCGGAAAAACGCGAUACUGGGUCCUAUAUGUGCUACGCGAAGAAUGCCCUGGGAGAGACAUCGGCAGUGACUUCAUUAGUUGUAUUGUCACUUCCGAAAUUCAUCACAAGGCCACCCCCCACGGUCAGCAAAUUAGUGGGCAGUGACUUGACUUUAAGCUGCUCUGCAAUUGGAGAUCCCUCUCCAACUAUUUCUUGGAAGCGAUCCCAGGGAGCCUGGGUAGAGGAACGAAUGAAAGUCAACAGAGGAACUCUACAGGUUUCCGCACUCAGUGCAGCUGACUCUGGAGUGUACAUUUGUGAAGCAAAGGUGUCUUACUAUACCGUGGAGGUCAGAACUCAUCUGGUGGUAAUAGAUGGUAAGACACAGUUGUAG